GUGUGAAGUUUGACGGUUCUCCGUGGGAGUGAAUUGUGAAUCGACUUCUCGUGAUGACCGUAUAGAAACCAUGUCUCCCAAAGAAUCGACAGCGUUCUCCUUCGAGGAGAAUAAAAUGUGGGGGCUGUCGAUGAGUCCCCUAAUCUCACCAAUCCAGAAAAUGGUACUUUACGAAACCAAAGAUAAAUUGUAUCUAAUUGGAUCUAACAAUGCUCAGAGCUCUUUUCGGAUACUGCAUUUCGACCGCUCUGACCACGAACUGCUCAUACUCGACGAUAAGAUCCGGUACUCGGCUGACUACGUGCACAAAUUUCUGAAGAAGAUCAACCCGGACGGUUCGUGUGGGAAAAUAUCUGGAUACGGGAUCGUCGGCCUCGUGCGCUUCCUUGAAGGGUACUACAUGAUCAUGAUUACCCGACGCAAACAGGUUGCGGCCAUUGGGCAGCAUGCAAUCUACAAAAUCGAAGAAACUGUGAUGAAAUAUAUACCGUCCAAGCCGGCGGUACAUCCCGACGAGACUCGGUACAUUAAAAUGUUCCAGAACGUCGAUCUUCGUUCGAACUUUUACUUCAGCUACAGCUACGAUCUCACGCACACUCUGCAGUAUCAUUUGUCGCAUCUCCACCCCGAAACGGAAACAACGCCUGUUUGGGACGUCUUUGCUUCAGACGACGAGCCACGGCCCGACUUCGAGCUCUCGAGACCCCGGUUCGCGGAAAGGUCUCCCGAUCCAUGUAAUUUCAGGAAACCCGAGUUCGGAAACGUCUUGGCUGGCCGGGUCAAGCCGAACGAGAAGUUUGUCUGGAACUCUUAUCUACUGGAAGACCUCAGAGAAAGUGCUGAUUCGGAUUGGCUCUUGCACAUCACUCACGGCUUCGUGGGGCAGGCCAACAUUUCUUUCUACGGUCGAGCCCUGUAUUUGACCCUCAUCGCGCGUCGUUCCCGAAAGUACGCAGGACCUCGAUACCAGAAACGCGGUGCCAAUUUCGAAGGUUACGUCGCUAACGAGGUCGAGACCGAACAAAUACUACACGACAGUUCGAUAUCGUCUUUCGAACACGGACGUUUCUCGAGUUACGUCCAGAUGCGCGGCUCGGUUCCCGCUCAUUGGUCCCAAGAGGUGGUAAAAUACGUCCCGAAACCGCAAAUCAACAUCGAUAUCUUCGACCCGUACUAUGCAGUGGCCGGAAUGCACUUCAAUCAGGUGCUGCAGCGAUACGGAGCGCCAGUCAUGAUUUUGAAUCUAGUCAAGGUGAAGGAAAAGAAAAAACACGAGUCCCUUCUGAGAGAAGAAAUUCAGCAGUCCACCAAUUACCUCAAUCAGUUCCUUCCUGACGACUUCAAAUUGGAACACAUACCGUUCGAUAUGUCGCGGCAGAACAAAAAGAAAGACGGCAAUGUGAUGUCCAAACUUGCGGAAAUCAGCAAAUACACAAUAAAGAAAAACGGUAUUUUCCUCACCGCCAAGUGUAACCCGAGGAAAGAUCUUCUGGAUAUCGGAGGUCUGACCGCCAAAGAUGGACGCCGACUCCAGACAGGAGUUACUCGCGUGAACUGCGUCGAUUGCCUCGACCGAACGAAUACCGCGCAAUUCGCGCUGGGACGAUGCGCGUUGGGAUAUCAGCUGUACGCUCUCGGAGUGGUGUCCGAACCGAAGGUGGAUUUCGACACGGACUGCGCUCAGAAACUCGAGGAGCUCUACGAGAACCAUGGGGAUAUAAUCGCUCUACAGUACGGUGGCUCGCAAUUAGUUCAUCGGGUCAAGACUUAUCGGAAGAUCGCUCCGAUUCGAUCACAGUCAAGGGAUAUCUACAUGACCUUGUCGAGAUACUACAACAACAAUUUCUCCGACCGAGAGAAACAAGACGCAAUGGAUGUCUUCCUCGGGAUUUAUCGCUGUGAGGACGGCGCGAAAAAUCUUUGGGACCUUGGGACGGACUACUAUCUCCACAACUCAGUGCCUGCAGGCAAGCUACCGUGCCACAGGGCACCCUAUUCGAUGUGGUGCGACGAGGAGGUUCUUUUGAGUCUGCCGCUGGCUCUGGAAACGACCCAUAAGCACCGAGCUAUUGCGGACUUGUGCGAGCUUCCCGCGCACGAUGAAAGAGUAGACAUUUUCCAAGACCAGUACCGACCGCACGAUCUCCUUACCCUCGAGGAGCUCCACUGUCACAGCCUCAGCAUGGAAGGGAACAAAGACCCGAAUCCUUUCGAGGUGAGGUUCCGCGGGCGUCAACAGGACGAAGCCCCCCAGAACCCUUCACUAGCGGGUGACAGCACUUCAUCUACUCUAAAGAAUGAGAAAGAAGACGAUGAUGAACGAGAUGACGAAGAAGACACCGACAACGACGAUUAUGAGAACUUCAUCAGUCAGAAGGUCGUGCCCACCGAGCCCACGCUCGAGACGACGCCGCGAAAAAAAUCGUUUGCGUUCGAAGAAGCUUUCCACACAAUGAGAGAAACUUACGGAAUCGAGCUCUCCGAUCCCUCGCCGCGGAGCGCGCUUGUGUAUUCGAAAUAUGCGAAUAUGGAUAACUUCAACGAUAGCUUCUCCAGUUGUUUUCUGGAGUCGAACAAUAGCAGUUUUCAAGUGGACGAGCCUCGGCUUAGCGCCGAAAGCCUCAAGGUUUACGAGAACUAUUUGAAGAAUCCGUCGAGGCUACUGCUCACUGACGAUAAGAAACUCGAUUUCUAUAGGGGACACGUGAGUCUCCGGCGAUUCUACUGAGCUUUCAGGAAUCUGUGAUGCUUUCAAGGGAUGUUCCCCUCUGCCCAUGGUCUUUGUCUAUCGCGCCCGGAAGAGGGGCAUUCCAUAAAUGACACCCGAUGGAAAGCUG